UUCUGCGUUUUUCACAAGGUACGGAAUUUCCGGAUGCUCCCUUGUGAGGAUGACCAGCAAGGGCAGGACCCGGAAGUAAAACUAAAGUAGUACCCGGCAAAAAAAAAGUCGUGACCCGGAGCCGGAAGUAAGUUGUUAGCCUGAGUAAGAUGGCGGACGCGGAGGAGGAUUUGCUGCUUUUCAGUGUCAGUGACCUGCCGGUUCGCGGGUACAGCCUGAUGGAGGAGAUCCGGCGCCAGGGUAAACUCUGCGACGUGACCCUACGGGUUGGUGACCACAAGUACACGGCGCAUCGCAUUGUGCUGGCUGCAUCUAUUCCGUACUUCCAUGCCAUGUUUACAAAUGAUAUGAUCGAAUGCAAGCAGGAUGAGAUUGUUAUGCAGGGAAUGGACCCCAGUGCUUUGGAAGCGCUUAUUAACUUCGCCUAUAAUGGCCGGCUGGCAAUAGACCAGCAGAAUGUGCAGUCGCUGCUAAUCGGUGCCAGUUUCUUGCAGCUCCAGAAUGUGAAGGAUGUGUGCUGCACCUUCCUGAGAGAGCGACUACAUCCUAAAAACUGCCUGGGAGUGCGUCAGUUUGCAGAGACAAUGAUGUGUACUGUUCUUUAUGAUGCAUCCAACAGUUUCAUCCACCAACACUUUGUGGAAGUAUCCAUGUCUGAGGAGUUCCUUGUAUUGCCCUUUGAGGAGGUGUUCGAGCUUGUUGCUCGAGAUGAGCUCAAUGUGAAGUCUGAAGAACAGGUAUUUGAGGCGGUUCUUGCUUGGGUACGAUUUGAUCGGGAGAACCGUGAGGAGUACCUGUCUCAGCUGCUAACCAGAGUGCGCCUGCCUCUCUGUCGACCACAAUUCCUAACAGACAGGGUUCAGCAGGAUGAUUUAGUUCGCUGCUGCCACAAGUGCAGGGACCUUGUUGACGAGGCAAAGGACUAUCACCUAAUGCCUGAGCGUCGUCCUCACCUGCCAUCCUUCAAGACCCGGCCACGAUGCUGCACCUCCAUUGCUGGCUUGAUCUACGCAGUAGGAGGCCUCAAUUCUGCCGGUGACUCUUUGAACGUUGCAGAAGUGUUUGAUCCCAUUGCCAAUCGAUGGGAGCGGUGUCAGGAGAUGACGACCUCUCGGAGUCGUGUGGGUGUGGCCAUGGUCAACGGGCUGUUGUAUGCGAUAGGUGGGUUCGAUGGGCAAUCAAGGUUAAACACAGUGGAAGUUUACAACCCAGAGACAGACAAGUGGACCAAAGUGGCCAGCAUGAACAGUAAACGCAGUGCAAUGGGAACAGCUGUCAUGGAUGGACACAUCUAUGUUUGUGGUGGGUAUGAUGGAAUCUCCUCCCUCAACUCUGUGGAAUGUUACAGUCCAGAAGCUGACAAAUGGGUCUCUGUGACUCCAAUGAGUGCCUGCCGCAGUGCUGCGGGGGUCACUGUGUUUGAAGGGAGGAUCUACGUUUCUGGAGGGCAUGAUGGGCUGCAGAUAUUUAAUACGGUUGAAUGUUAUAAUCAUCACACCACUACCUGGUACCCGGUGCCAAGUAUGCUGAAUAAACGUUGUCGCCAUGGGGCCGCAUCACUAGGCAGCCAACUGUACGUCUGCGGUGGUUACGAUGGCUCGGGUUUCUUGAGUAUUGUGGAAGUUUACAAUUCUUCUUCAGAUCAGUGGUAUCCGCUUGUUCCUAUGAACACUCGCCGCAGCCGGGUGUCUCUCGUUUCAAGCUGUGGCCGCCUCUAUGCUAUCGGUGGCUAUGACGGACAGUACAACUUGAACUCCAUGGAGAUGUAUGACGUUGACACAAACCGCUGGACGUUUAUGGCCCCCAUGGUGUGUCAUGAAGGUGGAGUUGGUGUAGGGUGCAUCCCCCUCCUCAGCGUGUAAGACGGUCAUUGUUCCUCUAGUCGGAAGUCUAGCAUUUAGAGGAGAUGUGGAAACAAUGGUAUAUUUAUGGGAACAACAAACAAACCCUAGUUUUCAGUGCCCGUUGAUUGUUGUCUGUGGCCAAAGAUGAUGCAGUAACAGCUGCAUCUUUCCAACAGAGAUUGGUAACUUAUCAGUACUCUGUCACUAACAGCAGAAUCUGUGGUAUUUUUAAAGGCAGCCAUUUUAUUAAAAUUAUAAGUACUUUAUAAAUUACACGUUUUAAAAAAAAAACCUGUUAAUUUAUGAAUAACUUGUUCCCGUGAUUACCCGAAUGCAGAACAGUAGAUCAAUAAAAGCUAAUAUCGGACUAGGUGUUGCCAUGAGUUAGGGACUUCCCUUUCACCAUUGGCAUCUAGGUUAUAAUGUUGAGAAAUAGAGAACUGAGAUACUAACAGUCCUGUUGUACAGUGUUUUGCACCUGUCCUAUGCUGAACCUUUACUGUUGAGUACUUGCUGCUGGCACUGGAUGGCUGCAAUAGGAGUGUUCCUAGAAUUAACAACCCUGUCACCUGGCUGAAAAGACAAGGUUGAGCACUGACUUCAUGGCCUAGUUGGUGGCUUGUCUACCAUUCCUGCAAGACUGAUUAGUCACUGUGUGUAUGUUCAUCUUGUUACUCAGCCAAGUAGUGUGUUGAAUAGAACUUUGACUUGAAAAAAAGCCAAUUCUGGGAUAAUUGAGUGUAUGAAUAUGGGAAGUUCUAUUUGUUUUACAUUUCCAGGAUGGUACAAUCAUUCCUUGUAUACAUGAUAGUGCAGUCUGCGACUGUUUCCAACCCAGAUAAAAACACGCUUUCUGGUAAUCUUUCUCCUGACCCUGGUCCUUAUUCUACAUUCUCUCCUUCCCCUUUACUAGUCCAAGUGCUGUUUGUCCUUUGGAGCUGAUAUACAUAAAUAGAUUUUUUUUUAAAGUUUACAUCAAAAUGUGGGAAGACUACUUGAUGGUGAUGUGGGUCAUUACUUAUCAGUACUUUAUCGAAAGUAAUGGAUUUCUGGGAGAGAAUUACAGAAUGCAAUUAGUGGUUAUGCCACAACUGGUGGGUAUGUAAAAUUUGCCUGCUGCACCAUGGCGAACACACCAAGUUGUACAUUUCUGCUCUUCCAAGCAACUGAAGAGAGCAUUGAACUGAAAAGUGAAAUGUUAGGUCGUGUAGAUUUGUCACUGAUGGGAGUGUGACAGAAGGAAAAUAUUGCACAAUAUUAAUGUGAUCUAAAGUGACAUUUUAUUCUUAACAUUAUGUUGGUAGCUACUGUAUGUUUAAAAAACUAUAUAUCGUUAUUAGGUAGAAAUUUAACUAGGUAGUUUGUACAGUCUGCAUAUAGAAUAAUAGACACCUAGGAGUCAGUUGGAGGAUAGAAUCUAACUGGAUUUUUUUAUACAAAUAGAAUAAUGAAUGUCCAGGAUGAAUUGCAAACUAGAAUCUAAAAGAUGAUUUGGGGGGUUAUAUAGAAUAAUGGAUAACAUGGAGUGUGUUACAGAUUGAAUCCCUGUGAUUAGAUUCCAGUGUAACAUAGCAGACAUCUGCCACAGAUUCGUUGACUGGCAUCUAAAUCAAGAGGAUUCUCAGUUUAUACAAUCCAUAGAGUAUAGUGGAUACCCAGAGAAAUGAGCCAGAAAGUGGACAUGUUAUAGGUAACAUCACAGACUGAGAGAUGCCAAUUAAGUUGUAUUGAAAUUGCUUUUGUGUGCUAUUCUCCUUGUUUCAGAGUUGGUUCUCGGUGUAGUGCAGUUCUCUAAUUAGGGUCUGUAUUCUACUACCAGCACGUAACCAUUAAUUAUGUAUGUAGGCAUUAAAUCUCACCUGAUUAUUUGAUGUGGAGGCAUAUCUUCCUGUUCUCCUGCUCCUCUACAUAUGCACUUUACGACAGGAAUCAUUGGAUAACCAUGUCCCUAUUCUAAUGGUACCGAGGUAAUUGCAGGCUCCUACUGCUGGCACAACUGAGGAACCGGAGCGCUUGGGCCUGAAUGACUCAUUAGGGUGGGCUAGACAUACAAUUAAUUUACACUACAUGGGUCUUGCCUGCUAGGUUAUGAUGCUUGCAAUGAGUUAGCUGAGCCGUAUUUAAAUAGAUUACAGCCAAACGCUGUAUUGUUGAAUAAUAUCACUUCUUUUCAAAAUCUUGCACCAGUGAAGCAUACCAUUGGACCCAAUAUGGAUCUAUCUGUUCUUUAAAGAGCUAUCUAAAAUCACUUUCCUGCUCCUUUACUACACCCCUGUAUAUUUUUCUUUUUUCCAAAUUAUAAACUUAAUUCCCACUUAAAGCAAAAGUUAGAAACAACUUAUUUAUUUUGUUGUUAACAUAACGUCAAUGGCACAGGCUCGCUCAUUCACUUUAUCGGUUACUUAAAAACCUGAAGCAGUUUCACUGUCCCAAAAAACAAGAUAGGGUAAAAGUUCUGCCAAAUUCAUAGCAAUGUGGAAUAACUGUGGAAAUAAAGUAUUUGCUGUCUGCUCAGUUAUUCCUGGGACCAAUUACCAAGCCAAGAGAUUGUAUAUCAAUUCCACUGAUUGAAUGGUGCUCAUUUUCUGCAUAAAUUGAUUCUAAUGUCAAGCUGGAAUAUUGUCUCCAAAUCUAUUUGAGAAUCCCAGCUGCACUUGCUUUCCUGUGUUUAAUCAGUUAAAACAUACGCUUAUCACAGACUUGGGAGCCUGUAUGUGUUCCCCAGCUUAAGCCCUGUGAGCCAGUUUCUUGAGUACUCUGCCUAUUCUUUUCUUGUAUUAAAAGACAUGGUGUCCCAGUGCAAUUUCCACUUAACCCCAGUGAAAUAUUGAUUUCUAUUGGGAGUUGAAGUAUCACUGCAUCCAGGUCCUUUUUAAUUCAUGCUGCACUCUUCAAGUGUCCUGAAUUUUGAAUUUGAGCUCUACAGCUUUGGACAUUACUUUCUAUUUAUGGUGCUACAUAAUUGCAUAUAGCCGGUGGUUAUUGCCCUAUGAGAUGAUUUAUGCUAGUCAGGUCUUUGUCAUUGGAUUUAAGCUGUUGGCCAGACUAUCUCCACAGAAGAAUCAUUUAUCCUAAUAGGGGAAGGAAAGGAGGAUAAUUGGGUCCCUGGAUGUCUAACUUUUUUUUUAAACCAUGUCAAAUGUGAAACCUAGGUUCCUAAAUUCUUAAGAAUAAGACAAGGGAGUUGGCCAUUCAGCCCCUUGAGCAGAUCAUCACCAGAAAAUGGCUGUUAGAAAUUUUUAUCUGGAAUGUGGGGUAAUCUUGAAAACCUACAGUAUUUCUAUUCAUCCAUCUGUUACAGUAAGUUAUAGGUCAGACCUUUGUGUCAUUGGUACAUAUUGUAUGCUCUGUUUCCAAAGUGUACACAAUAUUUUGCUACCAGGUUACUGUGGAGCACUUGAAUGUUUUUAGUGUAAAGUUGUAAUAAAUUGUGUACAUUCCUACAGAA